AUGGCUGAGCAGUUGAUAUGGCACGCGACGAACAAGAGUAAAGAUGGGAAAAUGCGUCAUCCUUCAGAUUCUUUGGCUUGGAAGCACAUAGACCAUAGGUUUCCCGCAUUUGCUUCAGAUUCGCGUAAUUUGCGUCUUGGGCUUGCUGCUGAUGGAUUCAAUCCGUUUGGCGAUCUUUCCGCAACCCACAGCUGUUGGCUGGUGAUGAUCGUGAUUUACAAUUUGCCUCCCCAUGCGUGUAUGCAAGCCAAAAACAUUAUUCUGAGCAUGCUGAUUCCAGGAAAAAAGCAACCCGGUAAGGACAUUGAUGUGUACUUGCAGCCAUUGAUUGAUGAUCUGAUUGAGUUGUGGGAAAACGGCGUGAAAGUGUAUGAUUCGUUUAGUAAAAAAAAAUUUAACUUGAAGGCUUUAUUGAUGUGGACAAUUAAUGAUUUCCUUGCACAUGGAAAUCUAUCUGGAUGUACAUAUAAAGGGAAGGAAGCCUGUCCUCUUUGUGGUGAUAAUACUCUUAGCGUCUGGUUGCCAUUUAGUCGUAAAACUGUAUACAUGAAUCAUAGGAGAUUUCUUCGUGAUAAUCAUCCUUUUCGGCAGAAAAAAGACAUGUUUAAUGGAGAAAUUGAGAGGAGAGAAAAACCACCUGUUAUGUCUAGUGCUGAGGUGUUUGAACGUCAGAGUAGUAUUCGGAAAAAGGAUGUUGUUUCUGAUGCGGCUAGAUUUGGUGCACCUGACGAGGAAACUGAGUUUCGGGUGUUUAACAAACGGUCGAUAUUCUUCGACCUGCCUUACUGGAAGGAUUUGUUACUACGGCAUAAUAUUGAUGUUAUGCAUACAGAAAAAAAUGUUUGUGAGAGCAUCAUUGGUACUAUUUUGAAUAUAAAGUUCAAAACAAAAGAUGGUUUGAAUUCCCGUAAUGAUCUGAAGAGUAUGGGAAUACGACCAGAAUUGCAUCCAGAAGUGAUAAAUGGCAAAACAAUUCUUCGAGCAGCACCAUACAUAUUAAGCCACAAGAAUAAGGUUAUACUUUAUAAUAGGAUGAGGAAUAUGAAGGUUCCAUAUAGGUAUAGUUUGGAUCUUAGGAAGCAUUUCUCGAAAGAUGGUUGCUUAGGUGUCCUUAAGGCUCAUGAUUACCAUGUUCUUAUGCAACAAAUAUUACCUGUAGCUUUGAGGGGAGUUUUACCUGAGGGGCCAACUCGAGAAGUGCGUUUAUGUGGACCUGUACAAUAUCGUUGGAUGUAUCCAUUUGAAAGGUAUAUAAAGACAUUCAAAGAAUAUGUUAAAAAUUACGCACUACCUGAAGCUUGUAUAGCAGAGUGUUAUCUUGGAAUGGAGUGUGUUAGGUGUUGGAUUCUCAAGGAUCAAGCAGCUGAAAUAAGAUAUAACCCAAGGCCUGAUAAAAACGAUGGUACCACACCGGCAGCACGUCCUCUUUCUAAAGGUGAACAAGUGUGUAUGGAUAGUGAAAAGCUAAAGAUUGCUCACAGAUAUGUGUUUUUUAAUACAGCAGAAAUUGAUCCAUAUUUGACAAUGCAUAUGGAUGAGUUAAAAUCUUCCGUUGGGAGGUCUGUUACCAAUGAAGACCAUCUCAUUUCCAUACAGUCAGAAACAUUCGCAGAUUGGUUUAAAAAAAAUGUUUAUAUGCAAAUGGAACAAGGCAUGUCAUUAUCAAACACGGUAGAGUGGUUGUCAAAAGGUCCUUUAGAAAACUGCGUGUCAUAUAAAGGCUUGCUUAUGAACGGGUCUAGGUGUCUUACGAAGGAUGUUCAAAGAGUCACACAAAACAGUGGUGUCUCAAUUGAAUCAAAAACUAUAGUUGCAGGACGAUCAGAAACCACUGGUUUCUAUGGUGUUUUAGAAGAAAUUCUGGUGUUGGACUACAUUACCCUUCAAGUUCCCAUAUUCAAAAGUGACUCGGCUCACACCUAUUUUGGUGUGAAGUUAGAGAAAGGAUUCACAUUAGUCAACUUAAAGCAGCAUAAGAACCAAUUUCGUAACGACCCGUUCAUUUUAGCAUCAUAA